CCAUGGCGAGGCGGCGGCCCCAGGCCAUGGCGGCGGUGUCGAGCGGCGCCGGCGGGGCCGUGUACCGGUCCCGCGACCCCGUGCGCAACCUGCGCCUCCGGGUCCGCCUCCAGCGGGGCACCUCGUCCGGGCCGCUCCUGCCGCAGGCGCCGCCGCUGCUCACAGGCCCCGCGCUCCCGGGCCUGUCCGACCGCGCCGGGACCGGUGCGCGGCGGCCCCCGGAGGAGGAGGAGGAGGAGGCCGAGGUGGGGUGGCAGGAGAAGCUCUUCAGCCAGUUUGAGGUGGAUCUGUACCAGAAUGAGUCGGCCUGCCAGACACCCCUGGACCGGCAGUACCGGGAGGAGAUCCUCAAACUGGAGAAGGCUGGAGGCCGGAAGAACUGUCGCAUCUUCACCUACACGGACCACGACCGAUUCACCAACCUGGAGGAGCACUGCCAGAAGGUAACUGACUCAGAUCAUGAGGUGCCAUCAUAUCUGGCAGAGAGGAUGGCCAAUGUGAGGAGGAGAAGACAAGACUGUAGGCCAACAGAAGCAAGUUCUCUGAAGUCGAAAAUCAUCACCUGGGAACCCUCAGAAGAAUUUAUAAAGAACAACCAUGUGAUUAACACUCCUGUCCAGACCAUGUACAUCAUGGGGGACUUGGGACCUUAUGGGAAAUCGUGUUUCCUGAUGUCUUCCAUCAGGCUUGGUCGCAGGGAGUAUGAACAUGUUCUUUGCACAAUCAAGGUGGACGACAAUGGGGUGAUCACAGUGAAGCCGGACUUUACUGACACCAAAGGAGCCUACCAGAUUGAGGUGGAUGGAGAGAAGCGAGAGGUGUGGAAAUACACCAUUGAGAACGCAUCUGUCCAAAUGAAACCAGAGGAGGAGGAACGUGAGCAGCGUGUGUUCAGAGAUCUGUACGGGCGGUACAAGGAAUACCUCAGUGGCCUUGUAGGCUCAGAGUUUGAAAUGACUCUUCCUGGUACACUGCGGCUGUUUGUGAAUGGAGAAAUAGUUUCAGCUCAAGGCUAUGAGUAUGACAACCUCUAUGUUCAUUUCUUUGUGGAGCUGCCAAACCAGUGGUCGAGCCCAGCGUUCCAGCAGCUAUCAGGAGUGACGCAGACCUGUGCCACCAAGGCAUUGGGCUGGGAGAACGUGGCAUACUUCAGCUACCUCUUCACUUUGGAGAUGUUUUUCACCCAAGGAGUUGAAUCACAAGAUAGUCUCCCUCAGUGGCCUGUUCUCUACUUUGAGGUGCUGUCCCUGGAUUUCUGGCAGAGAUACCGUGUUGAAGGGUAUGGUUCUUUGGUGCUGCCAGCAUCUCCAGGUCUCCAUAACCUCACCAUCCCUACCUGGCGCCCUGUGGAGCUGGGAACAGUUGCUGAGCUGAGGAGAUUUUUCAUCGGUGGAUCUCCUGAGCUGGAGGACAUAACCUACGUCAGGACACCAUCAACCUUCAAGGGUGAGCGUCUGAGCCGCUUUGGUUUUCGCACGGAGACAACAGGGAGCGUCACAUUCCGGCUUUACUGCCUGCAGCAGUCUAAAGCCUUUCUGGAAACCAGUGCCAUGAGGCAGCGCAUGCAGAGUGUCCUGGACCGGCUUGGAGGCUUCAGCCAGCAGGGCUCUGUCUACAGUGUUUUGGGUAGGGCUUUCAGUGUCAUUCUCCCUGGCGAGCCUUUGGCUCACAUUUACCCCAUUUUUACAGAGAGGGCAGGAUAUUUCAGGAGAAUCUGUUGCUGUGAGGAUAGUUGGUCCCUGAAUCAUGAGCUCUCUGAGUCCAUAACAGAGAUUAAAUGUUUUGAUCUGAGCUGGAAGCUUCAGGAGGCAUGAGGGAUAACCACUCCGUGAGGACAAAGCCUAGGCUGGGCCCAGUCUUGCUGGGCACUGAGCGUAGCUUGUGGUGUGGAUGCACAGGCUCUGCCUCCGAUUCCAUUAUGCACAGAGCAAAGACAGUGCUAGAAAUAAAUGAAGAGAGCUGCAAGGGCCAGGUGCUUUUUGGUGGCACCUAGAAAUAGGAAGUGAGACUCCAGGGCCGGGAGAGAUGAUGUUCAUAGAUGGUCAUCCUGCCCCUUCCCUGGGGCUGUCUGAUGCAUUCUGGCUUGCUGUCACCUGCUGUGUUAUAGAGGCUUUCCAGAGAGCACGACGCCGGAUGCAGGAAGCACGCGAGAGCCUUCCUCAGGACCUCAUCAGCGCCUCUGCCUCCGCUGUGCACCAGUCGCAGGAACCUUGAUCAACCACCUCUGCUGCCUGCGAGCAUUUAACAUCUCUCCAACACAAGCUCCCAUUGUUCAGCAGGAGUCACAGUGCUGGUGCUGGGAAGCUUUUGAAGCCCUUCCUUUGUCGUUUUCCCUGGAUGAGGGUAGGAGUCUGUAGCACAUCCUGAAUCUAUGCAUUUCCACAGGUAGCUGUGGAAUGAGCUCCAUUUUAUCAAGGCAUUUUGUUCCCAGGCCCUAACAAUACAGCCAAUUGUUCACUUUUCUACUGAGCAGACUAAAAUAAUGGCAUGGGACCUGUGAAGCCUUGAACACCUUUUCAGGAAUUGAAUAGUAAAUGAUUAGAAAAGAAUCAAGUCUGCAUGAUGUGGUAUGUUUAUUUUUCUUCUUAAAGAAGAGGGUGCUGUUGAAGGUCGGGGUGCAAAUGCUGUUUGAGAUUUAAUGAAAUGAGGAGAGAAUGUCAGGAGAAGUUCUGAUAAUUGUUGUCAGUAUUUGUAGCUAUAUAUCAGUCAAUAGUAAAAUGAAUGUGUCCA